AUGCAUGUAUUCUCAUUGUUGGAAGCAAUCAGAAAGUGGUGUAUGGAGAGGGUUGGGGCAAGAUUUGACAUGGCAAUUGAUAUGGAGGAUGGUCAGUUGACUGAGAGAAAGAGGUUAUCAACUAGAAGAUGUGGGUGUGGGAAGUGGCAAAUUUCUGGAAUCCCCUGCAAGCAUGCACUCAGGGUGAUUUAUGACCAAAGCCUGAACCCCAUUGAUUUUGUCUCUCCAUUCUUCAAGUCUGCUGCAUACAAGCUUACAUAUGCAGACCACAUUCACCCCAAGUCAGACCCAACACAGUGGCCUAACUUUUCUCUCCCUACCAUUCAGCCUCCAGUCAUCAAAAGACAAGUUGGCAGACCUGCUAAGAAGAGAAAGAGAGGACCAAAUGAACCCAGGAAGGGGAAGAGGAACAGAAAUGUGAAAUGUGGAAAGUGUAGGGAGUUUGGUCAUAACUGA